UCAAAUCCGUUGGCGCGCUCAUUCCUCCGCACAACCUCGCGCAACAAGGAUAUAGUGUUGCCGGCCAGCGAGCGCAUUUUUUCGAACGCUGUAAAGUUGCGAGAUCUGUGUUUGUGUCGUUGGUGCUUUUGUUCUUUCUGAUGUUCGAUUAUCGGAAAAAGGUGCCAGGAUGGAUUAAGUGGUGGCGGGUUUUGUCUCGUUGUGACUGCGAUCAGCCCUCCGGAUGAGGGUUUAAAGUGCGCGUGGUGUGUAUUGGAUUUUUUCUCUUAUCUUCGCUCGACAACGAACUUUUAACGAAUCAUGGAAGUUGCAAAGACGGUUUUCCUGCUCCUCGUAGGCUUCCAAAUAACCUUGACGGACGAAAUUAGGGACACCAGGGAAGGCCAAGACGUCACGCUGGAAUGCCGAUUUUCACCCCACAAUUCCAGGGAGACCCUGACGUAUUAUUGGGCGAAAAACAACAAGCAGACGCACGAUAAUGUGGCCAUAGGAAACGUUCCUCUGGAUAACAACUACAAAUUGAAUUUUCAUCCAGAGAAGGGCAUCUACGAUCUCCUAAUUUCCAACGCCAGUUACGACAGGGACAACGGUAAAUUCGAAUGCAAAGUUAAAGCCGGCGGUUCCGGGGCGAAUUUGCAUGUACAGAGAUACACCCUUACUGUGUUAACGGCCCCUCAAGAACCAGCCAUUGCCCCCGGAUCCCACGUUACCGUCACUGAAGGAAAGCGCCAGGAGCUGACCUGCAGCAGUGUGGGGGGCUCGCCCGACCCCCAAGUCAGAUGGUACAGGGAAGGCUCCACGUACCCGCUGGAAGCCGCCCUCAAGAACGGGGGGUCGCGCGACCAGCCCACGACCGCCACCCUCUCCAUCGUCCCUUCCAAGGAGGACGACGAGGCCGUGUUCCGGUGCGAGGUCUGGAACAGGGCCUUGCCGGAGAAGAGGAAACUGGUCUCGACCGUGUCUCUCAGCGUCAACUAUUUCCCUCGCGUAGAAGUCGGUCCAGAGAACCCCCUGAGAGUGGAGCGCGACUCUCAAGCCACCUUACAAUGCUCAGUUGACGCCAAGCCGAAAGUUUCCAACAUCCGCUGGACGCGCAACGGCCGCUUCAUCAGCAGCAACAACAACCACGUGAUCCACCGAGUGAGCAUCCAGGACGCUGGCAAGUACUCCUGCAGCGCCGAGAACGGCCUCGGCAAGGUGGGCGAGAAGGAGAUCGUCCUGGACGUGCUCUACGCCCCGAUCGUCAUCCUCGAGGCCAAGACGAAGGAGGCCGAGGAGGGCGAGUCCGUCUACAUCAAAUGCAACGUCACCGCCAACCCCACGCCCAGCGUCAUCGAGUGGGUCAAAGACGGCAAGCCGGACUUCCGGCAAUCCGGCGACACGCUCCGGCUGAGCCACGUGACGGCGGAAAACUCCGGGACGUACAUCUGCCGUGCCGUCAACAUGAUCAGCCCCAGCUCGCCGCCCGUCCGCCGGAGCGAGAAGAUCGGCAACGCGUCCAUCGCGCUGCUGAUCCGGCACCGGCCCGGAAAGGCCCGGAUCAUGCCGGACCGGCCCGUGGCCACCGAGGGCUCGCCGGUGACGCUGACCUGCACGGCGACGCCCCCCGGCUGGCCCGCGCCCCAGUACCGCUGGUUCCGCAUCGGCAGCGACGGGCAGCCCACCAUCCUCGCCACCGGCACGAAGUACACCAUCCCCAGCGCCAAUCUGGGCACGGAGGGGGUGUAUAAUUGCCAGGCUACCAACGAAUUAGGCCCCGGCGAGAUGGCGUCAGUCAAUUUGGAAGUCCAUCAGCCCCCCAGCUUCAAGUAUCAAUUAAAACCUUUGGAGACUAAACGUGUCGGUGAUCCCAAUUUCUCCAUGACCUGCAGCGCGAAAGGUAAACCGAAGCCGAUGGUUAAGUGGCUGAAAGACAACGACGAACUGACUGCCGACGUGAAUAUGUAUGAAGUCAAGACGGAGUAUUCCGAGGGCCACAACGGCGCCGUCAAUGUACAGAGCGUCUUGAGAUUCAACGGAAAGGCCAGGCCGAACGGGAACGAAUUGUUGCCGAAUGAUCGAGGGAUUUACACUUGCUCCUUCGAGAAUGAGGUCAAAAAGUCCGAGUCCAGCAUGCAUCUCAAGAUUGAACAUGAACCGAUCGUCUUACAUCAGUACAACAAAGUCGCCUAUGACAUUUCUGAAACUGCCGAAGUUGUGUGCAAAGUCCUCGCGUAUCCGAAGCCGGAAUUCAAAUGGUUUUAUGGUUCACAUCCUACACCUCUUCAAUCAUCUUCGGAAGGCCAUUACGUGAUCCACACCAGCGCCGACGAGGACACUUUUACAAGCGUUCUGCGUAUCUCAGACAUCAAAAAAUCCGAUUACGGCGAUUACAAUUGCCAAAUCGUGAACAAUUUAGGGAAAAUCGAUACGAAAAUUCGGCUCCAACCCAAAGGCCCGCCGGAAAAGCCCACCAAAUUAGUCGCUUUGUACACCGGCCCCAACUUCGUGACGCUCGGCUGGGAGCCCGGCUUCAACGGCGGCAUCGCCAAUACCAAAUAUUUCGUCUCCUACAAAAAGGUUCCCGGCGACGAGGACGUGUCGAUCGAGGGCUGCGGCACCGUCAGCAAAUCCAGCGAUUGGUCGGAGGUCGACUGCCAGCAGAACGUCCCCUGCAACGUCUCGCAUUUGGACCAGCACCAGAGCUAUCUGUUCAAGGUCAAGGCGCUGAACACCAAAGGCAACAGCGAGCACUCGCACGAGGUUAAGCUAACGACGAGAGUCGACCGGAUCCCGCUGCCCCAGAGGGUGGCCUACGACCCGGCCUCGCACACCGUCUCCAUCAACGUCCCCAUGACCUGCCUGCCGCUGGUGGCCGUCAUCGAGACCAUCAGCACCGACAACCACCCCAUGCCCAUCUGGCAGGUGGUGGAGACGCUCCCCUUGCAGGUCUCCGGGGUCUCCCCCACGUACAAGGAGGCCAACUUGGACCAGAUGGGCCGGGGGUACAAGGGGGUGGGACGCUCGCUUGUCGACGAGCCGAUCGGCGUUAAUGACAACUACACACCCCGAGUGAGGGUUAAAUUGUGUCUAAGGAGCCGGCAGGAGCACUGCGGGGACUUCGUCGAGGCCGAACUCGGAUCGUCGUACAUCCGCGAAGCGUCUGCUCUCGCGACCCCGACCCUAAUCGCCAUCGUCGUCUCCUGCAUCGUGUUCGUGCUGUUCGUCGGCCUCCUCCUGAUCUUCUGCCGCUGCAAGCGCAACCAGUCGAAGAAAUCGCAAGCCAAGGACUACGAGAUGGACUCGGUGCGGCCCACGAUCAUCCCGCAGCAGAACCAAGCGCCCCCGCCUUACUACCCCUCGACCGGGAUGGAGAACAAGGCGCUUGAGCACUCCCUGGACCUGGCUUUGGCGAUGGAGGACCAGAAGAACGUCUACGCCACGCAGAACGGCUACGGCUACCACGUGGCCAACCCCGACAUCCAGGGGCGGCAGAACAUGACCAACAACGACUGGGCCAAUAUGGGCUAUUUGGAAAACAGUUAUUCAAAUUCGAAUAACGGCGGCAGCGUUAAUUCCCAGGACUCGUUGUGGCAGAUGAAAAUGGCCGCAGCUUCGACCAACUCGACCAACCAGCUCCAGCCUCAUCAUAUCAAUGUUGAUAGGCAGAAUUCCUACGGAUAUGAUCCCAUAACCCAUGGAGGUUACGGGGCAGUUGAUGACUAUGCUCCCUAUCCGCACAUAACGACGCAAAGUAAUCACGGGGAUGACUAUAUGAGAAAUAGCAACAAUCCGUCCAGGCAAGACUAUUGCAGUGAUCCCUAUGCCGCCGUGCACAAGCCCAAGAAGAGGAUCGACCAACAUAUUGACUCCCCAUAUCAUGAUGUCAGCGGCCUUCCAGAUCCAUACUUGGAGCAGAUGGAGGACGAGAAGCCGCCCCAACACAUGUCACUAAGUUAUGAGGAAAGUUUAGAAAGUGGAUAUUCCACUCCGAAUUCGCGAACAAGAAGAGUAAUCCGAGAGAUAAUUGUCUAAGUGUUAUUUUUGAUCGAUUUUUGAAAAGGACUUAGUUUCCCGUGAUCGUGCAAAUUGUUUUCUUAAUUUUCGAAAUUAUCUUCUUGAGUACCUGAAGCCACGUUAUUAUUUUUCACUUUAGUGUUUUAAUGUUUGUGUGUGUAUGUGGACUGUUUUAACUGCCAUUUUGUGUCACAAAUUUUGCCAUUCGAAAGCCAAAUGUGGACUAACAAACUUUUUAAAAGACGAAUUUUUCAAAGAAUGUGAUUAUGAUUGCAAUAAGUAUUUGUUGUGUAAUGUUAUUGUAUUGUUUUUGAUAUUGUGAGUAUUACACAUUUUAUUGCUUUUCGCAUACUGUGCCUUAAAGACUGGUAAAUAAGCGCAUUUGCCACUUUUUAAAGUGCGUGAUAUUUUUUUAUCGCUGAGCUUUAUUUUGUAGAAGGAAAUGUGCCAAAGGAAAGUGAUACAAUGUGUAAUAUGGUUUUAUUUUUGUGUUGUCGUGUUGCAAUUUUACUUAUGUAGGAACUCCUAUUUUCAAAAUUCUCAAG